AUGGCUGAUCGAGUGCUUGUGAUUGGCAGUGGAGGCAGAGAGCAUGCGCUGGCCUGGAAGUUGGCCCAGUCCCCACAUGUAAAACAUGUGCUUGUUGCUCCAGGAAAUGCAGGAACAGCUGACAAUGGAAAAAUUUCCAAUUCAGCUGUUUCAGUCAGCAAUCAUGCUGCACUUGCCCAGUUCUGCAGAGAUCAGGAGAUCAGGCUGGUUGUGGUUGGUCCAGAGGUUCCUCUUGCUGCUGGAAUUGUUGAUGACUUGACAGCAGCUGGAGUAAGGUGCUUUGGUCCAACAGCAAAGGCAGCUCAGCUUGAGUCCAGUAAGAGCUUUAGCAAAGCCUUUUUGGAUCGUCAUGAGAUCCCAACUGCGAGAUGGAAAUCUUUUACUGAUUCUAAAGCAGCAUGUAGCUUUAUUAACAGUGCAAACUUCCCUGCUUUAGUUGUAAAAGCUAGUGGCCUGGCAGCUGGCAAAGGAGUAAUUGUGGCUUCAAACAAGGAAGAAGCCUGCAAAGCUGUUGCUGAAAUCAUGCAGGAUAAGACUUUUGGCACAGCUGGGGAAACUGUUGUUGUUGAAGAACUUCUUGAAGGAGAAGAAAUUUCUUGCUUAUGUUUCACUGAUGGCAUCACAAUUGCUCCCAUGCCUCCAGCCCAGGACCACAAGCGAUUAAUGGAUGGAGAUGAAGGCCCUAACACUGGAGGGAUGGGAGCUUAUUCCCCAGCACCUCAGAUUUCUAAAGAUUUACUGCAGAAAAUAAGAGAUACUGUUCUUCAGAAAACUGUUGAUGGCAUGAGGAAAGAAGGUGUCCCCUAUUUUGGUGUGCUUUAUGCUGGAUUAAUGCUUACUAAAGAUGGCCCUAAAGUUCUAGAAUUCAACUGCAGAUUUGGUGACCCAGAAUGUCAGGUAAUUCUUCCACUGUUGAAAAGUGAUUUGUAUGAAGUUAUGCAAGCGGUUGUCAAUAAAAAGUUGUCUAGUUCCAUGCCAGUUUGGUUUGAAGACAGUGCAGCUGUGACGGUGGUUAUGGCUAGUGAAGGGUAUCCAGGAACAUAUCCCAAGGGUUUGGAAAUAACAGGACUUCCUAAGGCUAAGCAACUAGGACUGGAGGUGUUCCAUGCAGGCACGUCCCUAAAGGAUGGCAAAGUGGUGACUAGUGGUGGAAGAGUCCUUACAGUAACUGCUAUUAAAGAGGAUCUAAUGACAGCACUGCAAGAAGCCAACAAGGGAGCAGCAACCAUACACUUCAAGGGUGCCAUUUAUAGAAAGGACAUUGGUUAUCGGGCUAUAGCUUUCCUGAGACAAUCCAGAGGCCUGACUUACAAAAACAGUGGAGUAGACAUUGCAGCAGGAAAUACUUUGGUUCAGAAAAUUAAACCCCUAGCUGCAGCCACAUCAAGGUCAGGCUGCAAUGCGGAACUGGGAGGCUUUGCUGGCCUCUUUGAUUUGAAAGGAGCUGGUUACAAAGAUCCUGUCUUGGUGUCUGGAACUGAUGGUGUUGGUACAAAACUCAAGAUUGCACAAGUCUGUAAGAGACAUGACACCAUAGGUCAGGACCUGGUUGCUAUGUGUGUUAAUGACAUCUUGGCUCAAGGAGCGGAGCCCCUCUUCUUCCUUGACUAUUUUGCCUGUGGCAAACUUGACAUUGAAGUGGCUCAGGGUGUCAUUGCAGGAAUAGCUGAAGCUUGCAAAAAGGCAGGAUGUGCUCUUUUGGGAGGAGAAACUGCUGAGAUGCCGGGCAUGUAUCCACCUGGAGAGUAUGACCUGGCUGGCUUUGCUGUGGGUGCAGUGGAGCGAGGGCAGAUGCUGCCCCAGCUGGAGAGAAUUGCUGAUGGAGACAUGGUUAUUGGAGUAGCUUCUUCUGGGGUUCACAGCAAUGGGUACAGCCUUGUAAGGAAGAUUGUGGAAAAGUCAUCCUUCGAUUUCUCUUCCCCAGUUGGCGUCUCCGGUGAUCAGACAUUAGGAGAUCUCUUGUUAACCCCAACUAAGAUCUACAGUAAGACUCUGUUGCCUGUCCUUCGCUCAGGCCAUGUGAAAGCCUAUGCCCACAUCACUGGAGGGGGCUUGCUGGAAAACAUCCCCAGAGUUCUCCCAGACUCCUUUGGUGUCGUUUUAGAUGCUCUUACCUGGAAGAUUCCUGAAAUCUUUUGCUGGCUCCAUAAAGAAGGGAACCUCUCUGAGGAGGAAAUGACUCGAACAUUUAAUUGUGGGAUUGGUGCUGUCUUGGUGGUUCAGAAGGAGCUGGCUCAGCAGGUCCUCAAGGACAUACAGAGACACGAGACAGCCUGGCUGAUUGGGAAAGUUGUCUCCCUGCAAAAAGGCUCUGCCCGUGUUAAAGUCCAUAAUAUGCUCCGAGCCUUGCAAGCAAAUAGGUCACUGUCUGUGCACAGCCAUAUCCAAGGCAAAAUCCAGACAAACAAAGUGAAGGUCGCUGUCCUUAUCUCUGGAACAGGCACAAACCUGGAAGCUCUCAUAAACAGCACGAAGAAGCCCACCAGUUUCGCACAAAUAGUCCUUGUUGUUUCUAACAAAGCUGGUGUGGAGGGGUUAAGGAAAGCUGAAAGAGCUGGUAUUCCUACAAGGGUUAUUGACCAUAAAUUGUAUGGAAGUCGCGCUGAGUUUGACAGUGCAGUUGACAAAGUCCUUGAUGAAUUCUCAGUUGAACUGAUCUGUCUGGCUGGAUUUAUGCGAAUACUGUCAGGUCCUUUUGUCAAAAAAUGGGAAGGAAAAAUACUGAACAUCCACCCGUCUCUACUGCCCUCUUUUAAGGGAGCAAAUGCCCACAAAUUGGUGUUAGAAGCUGGAGUCCGAGUCACAGGCUGUACUGUACACUUUGUAGCUGAGGAAGUUGAUGCUGGAGCAAUCAUUUUCCAAGAGGCAGUUCCAGUCAAGCUUGGCGACACAGUGGAGACCCUGUCUGAAAGGGUGAAGGAGGCCGAGCACCGAGCCUUCCCAGCUGCCCUGCAGCUCGUCGCCAGUGGGGCCGUACGGGUGGGGGAAGCUGGAAAGAUCUACUGGAAGUAG